ACUUUGCUUAAGCAUGCUUUAGUUCAAUCUUGCGAGACUUAAUUUACAGACGCUCACUCUUACGUCUAAACAAUCGCGUAGGAAGGCGUGUUAAGUUGGUAAAUAACAUGCAGCCUGUGUUGGUUUUUUGUUUAUUUGUUACAUUCUGGAAUUUAUCUUCGUGUUCACGUUCAGGAAUUUAUAUCGAUAAUGGGCUCGAUCAAACUGCAAUGGAACGAGCUAUGACUAGAGAUGAAAAGAAAGAAAUGGAAUUAGAAAUUUUAAGUCUCUUAGGAUUGCCUAAGAGACCUAGAAAGAUCAGUAAAAGUCCUUUAAAAAGGUCAGCGCCGAGGUUCCUUCUUGAUAUUUAUAAAACUUUGAUGGAACAAGAUAAUGAUGAAAAUAAUAGGGCAAAAAGAAAUACCGAAGUUUAUCUUAGUGGUGAGGAACAGCAUCAGAUCCACGAAAGUGAUGUUAUUAUGACUUUUGAAAGCUCUAAUGAUCACGUGCCAAGUGUGAGACACGAAAGAGGGAAAAGGCUGUGGUUUAAUGUAAGUGAUGUGCCCGUAGCAGAGGAUGUAGUUGGAGCUGAAUUAAGAAUAUUUAAAAGUUCUGGCAAAGGCAAUAAAAAUCCUGGUAUAAUAUACACUGUAACUGCUUAUCAACUUAUUAAAACAGUGAAUGGCGAGAAAGAAUUAGAAUAUAUAUCCGCAGCUAAUAUAACAGCAGGUUUCGUUGGUUGGAUGAGUUUGAACCUGACACAAUGUUUAGUUACAUGGGUGGCAUUUCCGAAUUCCAAUAAAGGAAUCUACCUGUCAGUACAUCCUUUAGAUAAACCAGGCCAUGAAAUUAGACCUGAAGAUAUUGGACUUAUCACGGUUAAGGCAGAAGAUGAGCAACAACCCUUUAUGGUAGCUUUUCUUAAGGCUGUUAAUAGUGUGAAACCGAGGGUGACCAGGGAAGCCAGAACCAAAAAAGAUACAUUUAAUGGCGUUAUGACCGGAUAUUCGAAGAUUGAUAUGGAUAAUAGACAAGAUUUGAGAAGAAGUUGUCGGAUCGAAACUUUGUACAUCAAUUUUAAAGACUUAUCAUGGACAGAUUGGAUAAUUGCACCAGAAGGUUAUCCAGCUUUUUAUUGUGCAGGAGAGUGCAAUUUUCCACUAAAUGCACAUAUGAAUGCCACCAACCAUGCCAUAGUACAAACUUUAGUACACUUGAUGAAUCCUCAAAGGUUUCCAAAACCAUGCUGUGCGCCAACAAAACUAAAUCCUAUUUCUGUUUUGUAUUACCUUGAUGACCAGAAUGUCAUAUUAAAGAAAUAUAAAAAAAUGGUUGUGAAAAGCUGUGGAUGCCAUUAAGUUAAUAAUUUUGGAAUUAUUGUACAAAUGUAAAUAUUUUUUAUAUCUAGUACAUCAUAUUGUGUUUAUAUAUUUGUACCUCUCAAACUAAUUUAUUUUCUUAUUGAAAUUAGUACUGAAAUUGUAAUCAUUAACAGUAGUUCUUAAAUUAUUGUAUCAAUUGAUACAUUCUCAGUUCAGAGAAAGAUUCACUAUAUGGAUGACUUGCAAAGGAUAAAUAGAAAGGAAUAAAACACUUGCAAAGAAAUGAUAGUUAAAAUAGGGCACAUGUGGAUAUACCAAUAGUGAUUAUAAGAUAAGAUUAAUAUAUGAAUAAGAAUUAAAGUAUCUUUCACUCUCAACUAUACAAAAUUAAGAAUAGAAAAUGUUUCUAUAUGUUCUCUUGAUACUGAAUAUUUCAAAUGAUUACGGUUCUCAAGAUUGCCCAAAUGUUAAAUGGCGACAAUCAUGAGUUUAUAGCAUUUAUUGACAAUUCUACAACGGUUGUUACCUUAUCUAUAAAUUUAAUGAAACACUCAAUCUUUCAAUUUAAGCCGUGGAUUUCCACUAAUACGAAUUCUUGACACAAUCUCCAAUAUCCGAGUGUCGAAUUCUAGAUUUUUAAAUAUCCAAACAUAAGAUUCUCUCUACUGCUUUUAAACAAAAUACUUUGAUUUUUUUCUCCAGAUCUCAUUCUAUUUAUAUAUUACUCUGUCAUAAGCAUACUAUUAUUUAUCUUCCCAAAGAUAUUCAAUGUUAUUCUAGAUUAUUAUCAAUACUAAACCACAUUAUAUACAUCUUUAUCAAAUUCCAAAUUGACGAUUAUAGUGAUUUCUGAUCCUACUUUAUGUCUUCUGUUAUUGAUUUUAUCUAAAACUUCGUUGAAAUAUUUCAGGAUAAAUAAUUGAAAGCGAAUCGGGAAUUUAUAAUAAAGUAACUACAGAAACUUUAUAAAUGAGGAAAAAUUGUACCUUAGAAUGGAAAUCAAAAGAGGGGAAGGGUUAUUACAUUUUUCGAUAUUUUACAUGAAAGAAUUGUUCUAAACGGGGCAGAUUGAAGCGAAAAGGACCAUAUUUGAUGAUCCUUAUGUAAUAGUGGUAUUUAGUUAAUACAAUAUAUUCAAAUUUGAAAGUAAUAAUUUUCUUAAUCGUUAAUACCAAGUUAGAGACAUCAGAUAGACAAUUUUUUUUAAAAUUUUGAUAAAUGAAAUGUGUAUGUUUAUAUUUUUGAUUCUUCAGUAUCAUUCGGAGCUUUAAUUGAAAUAUUUCCAUGAUAGGAGCAUUUAUUAACUUUCUUCAAUUUAAAAUUAAAGAAGAAAAGUGUAUGGUACAGUAACAACAAAUAAACAUUACAAUGGAUUGAAUUUUUAUUGUUCUCAUACAUGUGGUGAAGACAGAAAUAAUUUUAAUUUAAUAACCUACAUAUAGAUUAAAUAAUUAGAGGAGAGUGAUAAAAUUGUGAUUGGCAAUAUAAAACUGCUUUUUAUCGUUUUUAGAACUUACUUCUAUAGUAAAUGAUAUAAUGUAAAGUUGAUAAAUUAUAUGUAAAUGUAAAGUUUAGAAUGUUUCUAUAGCCUUAUAAUAAAAUGAAUGUAUUCUG